GCAGGCGUUGGGCCGUUCGUAGCUGUUGGUGAUGGCGGUCGCUGUGGUGGUAAACAGCUGGUUGGCGGUGGUGAUUCAUUCAUGCCACGCCUAAUUUGCUGGGCGACUACAAGCGGUUCGAGGCCCAAGCCUCCAUCCCAAGGUGGUGCUCAAGGGGUCAUUGAACAAUGAAUCAAGGUAUGCUCCGCGGAUGACUGAGCCAGCUCUAAUACAUGCAAUCAUGGCGAACAAUAAGACGCGAUGACUAAAGGCCAAACUUUGCUCCAGCUCGAGCUGCGCGGCCUACCAUCAAUGUGUACUUGGUGCCAAACGAAGCCAAGAAGCGCCACGGACAGCUUACCCAGCCUGUCUGGCUUAUCCACGUUGCCUUACUUAGACGGGACGAAACAAGAUGGAAAAGGGACCAAGACGCUAACUAACACCUUGGGUCGCGAGUUCUGGCAGUGGACAACCAGAGAGUCACUAUUCCCUGCUGCUGGCGCGCCAUUGUCCCCUCUCCUCCGCAGCAUCCAGCCCUCCAAAGCGCAAACAAGACGAAGAGGCAAGCAUCAGGCUUUCUAUUUAGCCCCGGCGCCUGCAGCGACAUGCAGCGAUGUGCAGCGCAGUUGCAAUGCAGAAAGCGGCGCGCUUGGGGGAGCUGACAAGCUCUGCUGCGCUGUCUGGGUGCCGUGGAAGCGAGGAUACAGUGGAGAGGCGUCUCUCCCCCUGGUGCCUAUGUCGUCACCAGCGGCCAGGUCAGUAUAAGCUGGUUGUACUAGGGACCAGGGUAGGGGUGUCUCUGUUGGGGCGACUUCCAGUGGAGUGGCUAGGUGAUGAUCCAGCGUGAUGGCGAUCUCGGGACAAGCGAGCGCGUCUCACUGGAGGAGGCCCAUCGCUGGCCGACAAUCGCAAUUCAACAGCACCACUGAUCGAUGGCAAAUGGCGACAUUCAUGGCUCAUGCUUCACAUAUA